AUGACGGACCCGGAGCCGCGUCUCACGGGCGACCCGCACCCCGAGUGCUGGGACCUCAUAUGCGUCGGUACCGGUCUCGCGGAGGCGAUGCUCGCGGGGUGCGCGCGAUGGACAGAUCGAUCGAUCCGUCAGCAGUCCUCUCGUCCUCGCGCCUCGGCACCCGGUCCCGUCGUCGACGCGGACGUCGAUCCAUCCGACCGACGCCCUCCCUCCCUCCCUCCUCCCUCUCUCCCUCUCCCCCUUCGCAGCGCCGCGGCGAAGGCGGGAAAGAGCGUGCUCCACCUCGACGCGUCCGACGCGUACGGCGGCGCGUGGGGCGUCCUCGCGGACGCGGCGCCGCACGGCUCGGGAUGGCGCCUCCCGCGAGAUCCUCCCGCGAGCGACGACGCCGAGAAGGUGGCUUCGGACGCCCCGCGCGAGAACCACGGCGAGGAGACGCCGCCUUCGACGCCGACGCCGACGCUCCCGCUCCCCGCGCGCGGCGCGCCUGUCGCAUCGUCGACGUACCGCGGAUUCUCCGCGCUCGACCUGAGCGCGGACGACGACGCGCUGCUCGCCGCGCUGGGCGGGACGCGUCGCCCCUACGCGCUCGAUCUCGCCGCGCCCAAGCUCGUGUACUGCGCCGACGGCGUCGUCGACGCGCUCGUCGCCUCCGGCGCGCACAACUACUGCGAGUUCAAGGCGUUGGAGCGAACGAAGGUGUGGUGGGACGGCGCGCUGAGGGACGUCCCGGCGUCCAGGGCGGAGGUGUUCCGCGACCGAGGGUUGCCGCCCGGAGAUAAGCGCGCGUUGAUGCGUUUGCUCAAGGCGACGUGGACCGCGGCGGUCGGCGGCGGCGUCGAGGUCGGGACCGGGGACCCGGACGACGUCAACGUCGCGAUGGGCGCGCCGGGGAGCGAGUGGGGGGCUGGCGGCGGCGGGGGGGGUGCCGACGUGGGCGAUGGUGGGGGUGCCGAGGGCGGCGCCGCGUCCGCGUUGUACGACGGCGAUGGCGACGGCGAGUCGUUCGAGGCGUGCCUCGCGGGCGCGCGGCAUCGACUGUCGCCGAAGCUGACCGCGUUCGUCGCGUACGCGCUCGCGCUGUGCGACGCGCGCGACGCGACCGCGAGGGAAGGGUUCGCGCGCCUGACGCGGUACCUCGCGUCGUUGGGGCGGUUCGGGCCGGCGGCGGGCGCGCUGCUGACGCCGAAUUACGGCGUGGGGGAGUUCAGUCAGGCGUUUUGCCGCGUCGCCGCCGUCGCCGGCGCUACGUACGUGCUCCGCGCGCCGGUGAAGCGCGUCGUGAUGGGCGUCGAUCGCGACGACGGGGAGACACGCGUCGUCACCGGCGUCGUCACCGCGGGCGGGCAGCGGCUGAGGUGCAAGGCGUUCGUCGCGUCCGAAGCGGCGUGGCCGGAGGCGGCGGCGGACGAAUCGAAUUCGAGAUCUAAGGCGUGGGCGUCGCGCGGCGUCUGGAUCGUCGACGCGCCGGUCGUCGCGGACGCGCACCAAGCGCUGAUCGUCUUCCCUCCCGGGACCGUGGACUCCGCGCCCGCGGCGUCCGCGGUGCGCGUGUUGCAGCUCGGCAGCGCGAGCGGGAUGUGCGCGCGAGGGAAGUACGCGUUGUUCGCGUCGACGCUGUCGGAAAAUACACCGUCGGACGACGGCGACGAGGGAAGCGCGGCGAGAGACCUUCGCGGCGCGCUCGAGCUCCUCGUGGACGUCGCCGGGGAGACGCGCGACGCGGGCGCGGAGGCGGCGGCGGCGGCGGCGGCGUCGACGCCGAGGCCGCGGCUCGUUUGGGGCUGCCAUUACCGCCAGGCGCUCGGAUUCCCUGGCGUCGACGAGAGCGCGCUUCCCGCGAACGUCGCGCUGUGUCCUACCCCGGACGCGUCGAUCGACGUCGACGCCGCGGUGAACGCGGCGAUCGAGGCACACCAGCGGCUGUGGGGCGACGGCGUCGGCGAGAUGUUCGCGGGCGGCGGCGGCGGCGGCGGCGGCGGCGGCGACGGCGGCGGCGGCGAAGGCGCGACCGGCGGUGGCGGCGAGGGCGACGAGGACGAGUUCGACGCGCUGCUGCGGGACAUCCCCGGCCAGCCGAAGACGAGCGAUGGUUCGUGA